UCACUGCAAAGCUUUUAACUUUUAACCUAUCUGCUUCCCAGCUUAUUAUUAUUAACAUCCAUCAGGAUUGUUUAGACACAACCAAGAAAAAGAGAGCAAGAAGAGAGGGAGAAAGAUUUAACAAGAGGAGGAGGGUCUUGGAAAAGAAUGAAUUCUCCAGAGACCGGCAGGAGGAGGGGAAAAGAGAGAGAGUGAGAGGAGGGUAGAGAGAUACAUCUGGAAGUUAUUUGGAAUCAGAGUGGAGGAAAAUAGCUGAUAGAAGGGCAGACAGAAAGCCAGAGAAAAACAAGAAAGCCAUUUAGACCUAGGGGACAGAAAUACACUAAUAAGCAAACCAAUACUUGUUCACUUGUAAAAAGAACUUUUGGAAUAACAAGAUGAAUUCUGGUGACAAACGACUUAAAGGAUAAAAAACAAAGAAAAAAAGUGUAUGAAAGAAUCUCGUAUCUCGUACUGCAGGACUAAAACUUUAUGUUUAGUACGUCUUUGAAGCUUUUAUAGUUGCAUUUUAUGCGAUCAACAGUCAAAACUAGAGCAGAAAAAGCCUAUGAACAAACCAAAAAAGAUCUCAUGAACGUCAUCAGUACAAAACAACAAAAAGACAAUACAAGAACUUUUGGAUUUAGGACAAAGUGAAAGCUCAACUAUAUCUCUGCAAACCUAGGAAUUACCUGUUUCGGUGUCCAUCUAAAGAUGUCUGCGUCAAGAGGUUGCCUUUGCUGUGUGAAGUAUCUCAUGUUUAUCUUCAACCUCAUUUUUUGGUUGGGAGGGUGUGGCUUAUUUGGCGUUGGGGUGUGGCUCGCAUUCACACAGUCAGAGUUUUCAUCUCUACCGCUGUCAUUCCCUUCGCUCUCUGCUGCCAAUCUGUUGCUUGUUGCUGGGGGUGUAACCAUGGUAACAGGGUUUCUUGGAUGCCUUGGUGCUCUGAAAGAACAGAGAUGUCUAUUGAUGACGUUUUUUGUGAUCCUCUUAUUCCUAGUCUUGAUUGAAGUGACUCUCAUUCUGAUUUUGUGCAUCUAUCAUGAAGAGCUGGACAUGAAAGCUAAAGAUGACCUGAGAGAGGGAAUGAAAGACUACACAAAAAAAGAAGGGCUGAAAAAAUCUUGGGACAACAUGCAAAGAAUCUUCAAGUGCUGUGGAGUGAGCAACCACACCGACUGGGAAAAUAAGACCUCCGAUAGGAAAGUUCCUGAAUCGUGCUGCAGGGACAGUCCUGAACCAUGCCAUCGAUGGGAAGAGCCAUGUUAUGAAAAGGCCAAAAAUUGGCUGCUGGCUAACAUCACCUCCGUGCUCGGGUUUGGAAUCUGCAUUGGAAUCGUGCAGAUUCUGGCUUUGGUGUUUUCCAUGCUGAUGUACUGCCAAAUCUUACGAGCAGAAAAAUACAUGGACUGACAUUUCCUGUACCUCAUCAAGCCAGAGACUCUGCACCACAAUUCUAAAUAUGUCACGAAUGCUUAAUCGGACGGAAAACUUCCCUAUUAGAAAUACUGGACAUGAUAUGCAUAAAUUACAGUGUUGCACGUACAAAGAAGAGUUCAAUUGAACCUCAGA